UGCGCCGGCAGGCAGCCUGGGGGAUGCGCGCUUCCUCCCGCCCGCGGGGAGCCGCGCUCCCCAAACCGCGGCCCGGGCCGGAGCUAUGAGCGGCCGCCCGGGGCUGCCCGCCUCGCCUCGCCCCGCGCUCCGCACCCGCGCUCCGCACCCGCGGCCCUUUCCGCCUCCCGCCGCCGCCAAACCCCGAGGCGCCCGCAGGACUGUAAAAUGGAUUUAGGAUUCAAAGACCGUAACAACAGGACACUUACCAAGAACACCUCUGCUACAAAGAAUUUUUCUGCCUGGGAAGAUUAUAAGAGUAGUGUUGAUGACAUACAGUACUUUCUUAUUGGGCUGUACACACUUAUAAGUCUGGCCGGCUUUAUGGGAAAUCUGCUUAUACUAACGGCUCUACUAAAGCACAAGCAGAAGACAAUAAUAAACAUUCUUAUCGGUAACUUGGCCUUUUCUGACAUCUUAGUUGUGCUGUUUUGUUCACCUUUCACACUGACGUCCGUCCUGCUUGACCAAUGGAUGUUUGGCACUGUCAUGUGCCACGUAAUGCCCUUCCUCCAGUGCGCAUCAGUUCUGGUUUCAACUUUAAUGUUAAUAUCUAUUGCUGCAGUCAGGUACCGCAUGAUAAAAUAUCCCCUUUCUAGCAAUUUAACAGCAAAACAAGGCUAUUUCUUAACAGGGACCAUUUGGGCCCUUGGCUUUGCCAUUUGCUCCCCUCUGCCAGUUUUCCACAAAACCGUGGAUCUCAGCAAAACUCUGAAUUUAGAGGCACUGGAGAACAGGCUUUUGUGUGUUGAGUCAUGGCCUUCUGAUUCCUACAGAAUUGCCUUUACGAUAGCCUUAUUGUUCAUGCAGUAUAUAUUGCCACUGGCGUGUUUAACUGCUAGUCACACCAGCGUCUGCAGGAGCAUAGGUUCCAGACUGUCAAACAAGGAAAACAAGUUUGAAGAAAAGGAGAUGAUAAACCUAACACUUCAUCCAUCCAAGAGUACCCGCACGCAGGUGCAGCCCUCCAGCCAUUCCAGGUGGAGCUGCGCCUUUGGUAGAAGGCACCACAGAAGAUACAGUAAAAAGACUUCAAGUGUGAUGCCAGCCAUUUCAAGGCAUCAUCAGGAUACUCAUUCCAGAGACCUCCCAGAAACCUCUGGCACAGAAAAAAGCCAGCUCUCUUCCUCCAGUAAAUUCAUCCCUGGGAUACCUAUCUGUUUUGAGAUGAAACCAGAAGAAAAUACAGAGAUCCAGGACAUGAUUACGGUAUCCCGAUCCUUCAUCAGAAUUAAGACAAGGUCUAGGAGAGUUUUUUGCAGACUGACAGUGCUAAUCCUAGUUUUUGGUUUCAGUUGGAUGCCUCUUCACCUUUUCCACAUUGUGACGGAUUUUAAUGCCACUCUCAUUUCUAACAGACAUUUUAAAUUAGUGUACUGCAUAUGCCAUUUACUGGGUAUGAUGUCCUGCUGCUUGAAUCCCAUCCUCUACGGGUUCCUUAACAACAGCAUAAAAGCCGAUUUAAUGUCCCUUAUUCCAUGCUGCCAAAUACCAUGAUUUUACGCGCCCCAAGAUAAAAUAAACAAGUUUGGCUUUCAAGCUUACUGACGUGUAUAGCUGUAAAACUAAAUUAAUUUAGUUUAGUUAGUCUGACUUGGUCGCGAUUAGUAGCCUUUCAUGCGAAUGGAUAGUUCUAUGGCUGCAUGUAUUUCUUGCAUUGGGCAGAAAUAUAUACAUGUACUAUAAUAUUCUUCUAGCUGUUACACAUAGGAAAUCAUGCCCAGUGUACAAAACCAGAAUACCAUUUUCAUUACCUGAAAUAUUGGCAGUCUGUACUUUGGAAUUAUACAGAAUAUAUAAUGAGUAAUAAAUGUAAGACUACUUAGACAUAUCAGUAUUAACUGUCAUAAAACUGUGAUAAGAUACAUACCAUUUACUAAAUAACUGUUGUUGAGACUAUUUCAGUGCCAACUUUAACUGUUUUCUAAGAUAAUUAAACAUCUGUUUCUGGAU